GUAGCUCUUCCACAAACUGGACGUUGCGUGGAGAGACAAUUAUUUGUGUAGCACAACUUAAGAGGGGAGUCGCCUUAUGGGACCAACCCGUCGUUUACAAGCCAGUUAUAUGCGAAUUUGACGACGCUCACAUUUAAUUUUUUUGUUCGCGAGUCAUCACUCUAGACCGCUAGACGGAAUGCCCAUGUGUCCAGAUGCUGACAGACUUGGGUGGGGCUGUUUUGGAUGACACGCAGUGAAAUAACAGAAGAUAUUCUGUUAUAACAGAAGAUAUCUACUCAACCUAGGGAUUCAGAACACAAUGACCAAGCCUGACUCGAAGAGGAGCAGCAUGGCUCUUGUCACUGGCAAACCUGCCAAUGCUGCGGAGGAGCAGGUCAAUAAUGUCUCAUCGGACCCGUCAGUGUCCGGUUCUCCCCACCACGCAGUGACUCCGGCGACUCCAACCAAACACAAAUCUGCUAAACAAGUCUCCCGAGACAACCUUUCUAGGCGAAACACGGAGUCUGAAGUAUUCGACGACGGAACCAACACCUUUUUCUGGAGAGCACAUACAGUCACUGUGCUUUUCAUUCUCACAUGCGUGUUGGUCUAUGUCACUCUGUUGGAGGAGACACCCCAGGAUACGACGUACAACACUAAAAGAGGGAUUGUGGCCAGCAUCCUUGUGUUCCUCUGCUUUGGAGUGACACAAGCCAAAGAUGGCCCGUUCACCAGACCACAUCCAGCAUACUGGCGCUUCUGGCUGUGUGUCUCCGUUGUCUACGAGCUAUUCCUUAUCUUUGUGCUGUUCCAGACGGUCCGUGAUGGGAGACAGUUUAUGAAGUACAUUGACCCCAAACUGGGGGUAGCCCUGCCGGAGAGGGACUAUGGCGGCAACUGCCUCAUCUACGACCCGGGGAACACCACCGACCCCUGGCAUAACAUCUGGGACAAGAUGGAUGGCUUUGUCCCAGCGCACUUUCUUGGCUGGUAUAUUAAGACACUUGUGAUCAGAGACUGGUGGAUGUGUAUGAUCAUCAGUGUGAUGUUUGAGUUCCUGGAGUACAGUCUGGAGCACCAGCUCCCCAACUUCUCUGAGUGCUGGUGGGACCAUUGGAUAAUGGAUGUGCUGGUGUGUAAUGGCCUGGGGAUCUACGCUGGGAUGAAGACCUUAGGCUGGCUGUCUAUGAAGCCCUACCAGUGGCAGGGGCUGUGGAACAUCCCCACAUACAAGGGGAAGAUCAAGCGCAUGGCCUUCCAGUUCACACCCUACAGCUGGGUCAAGUUUGAGUGGAAGCCUGCCUCCAACCUACGCAGGUGGCUGGCUGUCCUGGGAAUCAUCUUCAUGUUCCUGCUGGCGGAGCUGAACACCUUCUACCUGAAGUUUGUGCUGUGGAUGCCUCCGGAGCACUACCUGGUGUUGCUUCGCCUCGUCUUCUUUGUCAACGUGGGCGGCGUGGCCAUGAGGGAGAUCUACGACUUCAUGGACGACCCGAAGUUCUAUAGGAAGCUGGGGCAGCAGGCUUGGCUGGUGGCAGCCAUCACCGUGACCGAGUUCCUCAUCGUAGUCAAAUACGACCCCAGGACCAUCAUGCUGCCCAUCCCCUUCUUUGUCACCCAAUGCUGGUUCCUGGGCAUCGUCCUCAUCCUCAGCUGGACAUUGUGGCGCUUCUUCAUCCGUGACAUCACUCUCCGCUACAAAGACGCUCGCCGACGGAAGCAGGAGGUCACGGGGGACUGCGGCCGUCCCCAUGGCAACGGUGGCACGGCAACCCCGUCGGGACGCGGCAACGGUGGCACGGCAACCCCGUCGGGACGCAGCAAACUCAACGGCAUCUCCGAGUCACUCCGACACAGGAAGUCCUGAGAGGCGGAGCCUGCCGCUGGUAGGGGGUGGGGAAAGGGACAAAAAAGAGCCGCGCCGCAGCGCCAUACACACACAGGUCACCUGGAUCACAAGUAUAGCGGUGUUAGAAGAGGUGUGUCUGGGGGAAGGGGGAUGUUGUUCUUGUGCCUACCUGAACAAUGUCAUAGUCAUUCCUGUGCUGGCUUUUCACUGUUAACACUAAUCACAGAACAAAACACCGAACAGGGAUUUGGGGUUGUGGUGUCAGCUAGCUAUCCCAUACUACAGGGAUUUACCUCAUGUACGUUUAUUGUGUAAUCGUGCUGGGAACUUUACGGGCGGAGAUUUUCUUAUUCUGUUAUGAGUUGAAAUUGAAUUGGGUCAAAUAUGAUAAAAAAAAAUUGUUUGCGACACUGGGAUCACAAAGGGUAUUGGGUUGGGACAGAUGAUAGAUUUUGUUUUCACCAUGGCAGAAUUAUGUUAACUUAAAAUGUAAUCAGGGUGAAGCAAGGGUUGGGAGGGAGAGGAACAGAACCCCCAAGGGGCCAGCAGACAUACUUACUUACAAGCUAAAUAACAGCCAAAGCUUUGAACUCAUCCCUGCUCAAGCCAUAUUCUGCUAAAGCAGGGUUUCCCAAACUCGGGCCCGGGACCCCCCCCUGGGUGCAUCUUUUUCCUCUUUUUCCUCUUAACACUACACAGCUGACUCAAAU